AUGCCAGACAAUACUAUUAUUCAGUUUAAUUCUUUAGAUAGCGAUGCCAAAACUCUAUCAAUUAGUUUUGAAUAUCAAAAUGUUGGAUAUACUAUAAAAUUUCCACCACCUGAGACUGAUAUUUCAAAAGGACAUACAAAAAAAAACCAUAUAUCCGUUUUUUUUUUAUUUCGUGCACAUAUACAAGAAUGUUUACAAGGCAGUAUUGAAGGCAAUAAUCAGCGUGCUAAAAACAGGAAUAUUUCAAAAUUAUCUUCUAAAAUCUGGAAAAAAUUACCAUAUACAUUUAAACAUGAGUUCUCAAAAUAUACAAAUAGAGUAAAUGAAUAUAGAACUUCCAAGGUGCAGAAUUCAUUUACUAGUUCUGAUGUUAGUAAACAACAAAGUUAUUAUCAGAAAAGGGCUUAUGAAGAUAUUCGCCACACAGCCUAUAGUGAGAAUGUGACUAACUAUGCUAUUAAUAACCAUCUAAAAAACGAGUCCAGCAUCUUGGAAACCACAGCUUUCACUUCACGAAUGGAAGAACCUAUACCACUGGCAAAUCUUUCAUUUCAACAUUUAUUUCAGAAUGGACAUGAAGAAUAUGAAUUUGGGAGAGUUAAAUUAACUCAUUCGAAUGUAGACGAAACAUUGUAUUUAAAUGUGAAUACCACCAACUCUCUUGAAGAUCUAAAUUCAAUACCAUCUGCUUAUUAUGAAACUCAAAGCCUGAUGAAUUCUAAUGCAUGCGAAAUGCAUGGUAUGGAAAGUCUUAAUAUUAAUUCAUUAAAUUUCUUUAAAUCCACACCGCUCCAACUUCAGGCGGAUUUUUCGUGCCAAUCUUUGGUUACUCCGAAUGAACGCGAAGUGCUCAAUACAGAGAAUACAUUAACACCCGAUAUUAAUUUAGUGCCAUUUUGGGAUUCAUACGCUUUUGAUAUUAGAUCUAAUAAUUUUGUUAAUUCUGUUAAUCACAAUCUAUAUGAAAAUGAUUGGUUGGUAUAUGAGGACACACAAUUAAACUCUUCGUUUGAAUUAGCAAUCCCUAACAGACAUGAAGUGGAUAGUACGGAGGGUAUUUCGGAACUUAUUAGCCUAUUAAAUAUCUCCGAACCUGCAUUUUCUCAUAUGGUAGACUCAAACGGAUAUGAGAGGGCUCAUCAACAUCAGAUGCUAAUGCAAGGAAUUUGUAGGACAGCGUUAUAA